AUGAGCCAUUCAAAUCUUUCAGAUCGAUCAAGAAUAAAGCAAGAUGCACUUGCCAGAUUAUACGGCACAGGUAUCGAUCACCAUGCUCAAUCGCCGGUAAAACUUACCAGUCCUUUGAUGUCGCCAUUGGAUCGAGCCCCAUCAUCUGGUACAAAAGUGAACCCCACGCCAAAGUUUUCAAACAAAUUGCCUUUUAUUAGAAAAUCAGACAGAGCCUCGUUAAAAAGCCGAGUGGACGCCUCCAUAUCAAAGCUACAUAAAGAACUUGCCGAAAAAACGCUUCUUGUGAGAAGCCAACAGGAAAUCGAUUCAUAUUCUAGCUAUGUUCAACUUAUGCGAGAAGAUAAACAAAGAAAAGAGGCAACAUUCAGAGGCCAGCUUACAUCGGAAGAGCUUUUAGUUGAUGAUACAGACAUUGAUGGCGAUGAGCUUGCUAAAAACGAAUGGGAGCUAAGGGAGUUAGAAAGAAUAGAGCGUGACCUUGCUAUAGCACCCCAGCCUGCAGAAGAACAUUCAAAUGAACAUGCGUCUGUUUCUGGUGAACAAGCACCAAAAACCAAAUAUCGAUUUCUGCAAAAAUAUUACCAUCAAGGAGCAUUUUUUGCGGAUGAUUCUGACGGUAUUCUUAGUAGAGAUUAUGAUCUGCCUACUGAAAGUGAUGCGGUUGAUAAAACGGCACUUCCAGAGAUCCUUCAGGUCCGUAAUUUUGGAAAGCGGUCUCAAUCGAAAUGGAAGCAUCUGAGCGCAGAAGAUACAACGUCAUUUGAUGGUUAUGGAUGGUAUCAAAAAAACGAUCCCUUUGCAGAGUCUAUGGCCUCCCGUAUGGCAGGCCAAGAACACAAACGAAGUUAG